AGGUUUUAUAGACAGAAGUUGCACACACAGAGUCUAUCACGGUUCAGCAUCAGCACACACAGGUUGUUCACCUGAAGAGCAAGAGGAUGGACGCAGCUUACAAGAGGGUCAAUGGAAACUCUGGGCCAGAGGCAGAGACAGGGGACGAGGACACAGGGCGAAGGAGAAGGGGCUCCAUGUACCUGGAGGAGGAGACCAGCAAGAAGUCCGAAGUGAUCUCCUGCAUCUUCUCUCUGAAGGAGGAGGUCGGAGCUUUGGCCAGAGGUCUGCGACUCUUUGAGGAGAAGGGCAUCAACCUGACGCACAUCGAGUCCCGUCCGUCGCGGACGAACAGCGGCCUGUACGAGUUCUUCAUCAGCGUGGACUCCACCUGCUCCCAGGCCCUGGAUGAGGUCAUCGACAGCCUGCGUACACAAAUCAGUGGCCACGUCCAUGAGCUGUCACGCAACAAACAGAAGGACACAGUGCCAUGGUUCCCCAACGACAUCCAGGACUUGGACCGCUUCGCCAACCAGAUCCUCAGUUAUGGCUCCGAGCUGGACUCUGAUCAUCCGGGCUUCACAGAUCCAGUGUACAGAACACGCAGGAAGGAGUUUGCUGACAUCGCCUACAACUACAGACAUGGCCAAAUCAUCCCUCGAGUGGAGUACACAGAGGACGAGAAGGCAACAUGGGGGACGGUGUUCAAGGAGCUGAAGACUCUGUACCCGACUCACGCCUGCCGCGAACACAACCGAGUCUUCCCCCUGCUGGAGAAAUACUGCGGCUACAGGCAGGACAACGUCCCACAGCUGGAGGACGUCUCCCGCUUCCUGCAGUCGUGCACAGGCUUCCGGCUUCGCCCGGUGGCCGGCCUGCUCUCGUCCCGAGACUUCCUGGCUGGACUCGCCUUCCGUGUCUUCCAUUCCACGCAGUACAUCCGUCACGGCUCCGAGCCCACAUACACACCCGAGCCGGAUAUCUGCCAUGAGCUCCUGGGACACGUUCCUCUGUUUGCUGACUCCAGUUUCGCCCAAUUCUCACAGGAAAUUGGACUUGCCUCCCUCGGUGCCCCUGAUGAGUUCAUUGAGAAACUUGCCACUGUGUAUUGGUUCACGGUGGAGUUUGGCCUGUGUAAGCAGGGCUCGGAGGUCAAAGCUUACGGAGCUGGCUUGCUUUCAUCGUUUGGAGAGCUGCAGUACUGCUUGACAGACGAGCCCACUAUCCAGUCCUUCGACCCCGCCAAGACCAGCCUCCAGAAAUACCCGAUCACAGAGUACCAGCCUGUUUACUUUGUGGCUGAGAGCUUUGAGGAUGCCAAAGAGAAAGUGAGGAAGUUUGCAGGCACCAUCCCGAGGCCUUUCACAGUGCGCUACAACCCCUACACCCAGAGUAUCGAAGUGCUGGACAACACCCAGCAGCUCAGGAACCUGGCUGACAGCAUUGGUAGUGAAAUGGGGAAACUGUGCGAAGCUCUGCGGAAACUGGACUAACUUCACGUGUAAUCUGAGCCAAAGCUCCCAGAGAAUCUCUUCAUUUAUUCAAUAAAACGUUUGUUGUUUAUCAUAUCGGGCUGCUUGGCGUUCUGCUUAGCACGCUGGCAAGUUAGCUUUCUUUGUAUUCAAACAAAUAUGCAAGUCAAAUAAUGGCAAUGUUACUGUAAUCCAACUAGUAUUAUAGUUAAGUGAAUAAAGUGCAGGAUAAUAAUGAAUGUGUCUGUAUCAGCAAAUAUUAUUACAGUAUGAGUGUUCAUUAAGAGACAUGUUUUUCAAAAUAAGAGGGUUUUAUCGAUCAACAUCUCUUUAGUGACUUUGAGGAAUUUAAACCAAAUAUGUAAACAUCAAAUUGUGUUUCUAAUAUGAACAUAUAUACAUACAUACAUACAUACAUACAUUUUCUAUGCAUUUCAAGC